CCUGCUUCUGCCCGCCAAAGGCAGGAGGGGACCCAACUCCGACCACACGGCAGCAGAACCCGCUGCGGAGAGCCAAGGCAGAAGCAGCACCCAUGAGAAGCAUCUUUCAGUCCUGACGCGGAGUGGCAUACUGGCUGUGGCAGAGAUGAACAAAAGUGUCUCUUUGAAUGAAACUGUGGCUCCUGUACCCCAAAUCCAUACCAGCUAUAGCAAUUCUUCUUUAGAGCUCUCUAGUGAGCUCCCCAUCUUUGUCAUCAACCCCUGGGAUAUUAUGCUCUGCAUCUCUGGAACCAUCAUUGCCUGCGAAAAUGCUAUAGUAGUAGCCAUUAUAUUCUACACUCCCAACUUGAGAACCCCAAUGUUUGUGCUGAUUGGGAGCUUGGCUACAGCAGACCUUCUGGCUGGAAUGGGCCUGAUCCUGAAUUUUGUUUUCCACUAUGUGAUCCAGUCAGAAACCAUCAGCCUUAUUACAGUCGGCUUCCUAGUUGCCUCUUUUACUGCUUCAGUGAGUAGUUUAUUGGCCAUCACAGUUGAUCGCUACCUUUCUCUAUACAAUGCACUGACUUAUUACUCCGAGAAGACUGUCCUCUGUAUUCAUAUGAUGCUGAUCGUCACCUGGGGGGUGUCCCUCUUCUUAGGGCUGCUACCUGUCUUAGGCUGGAACUGCCUGGAAGAUUAUUCAUCAUGCAGUAUUGUCAGACCUCUGACCAAAAUUAAUUUGACUUUGCUGUCUGCCUCUUUCUUUUUCAUUUUUAUCCUUAUGCUCCAUCUGUACAUUAAAAUCUGCAAAAUAGUUUGCAGGCACGCACACCAGAUAGCGCUCCAGCAGCAUUUCCUAACAGCAUCGCACUACAUUGCAACCAAAAAAGGAGUCUCCACACUUGCUAUAAUUCUUGGGACCUUUGGAGCCAGUUGGUUACCUUUUGCGAUCUACUGUUUAGUUGGAGAUCCCAGCUACCCCACUGUGUACACUUAUGCCACACUUCUACCAGCUACCUAUAACUCCAUGAUCAAUCCUAUCAUUUAUGCUUACAGAAACCAAGAGAUUCAAAGGUCCAUGUGGGUUCUUUUUUGUGGCUGCUUUCAGCCUAAAGUGUCUUUUCGUUCAAGAUCCCCCAGUGAUGUCUAAGUGACUUUUUCCUCUGUAUAAUUCCACACAGCGUGACAAUCUUUGACUUUUGUGAAUUACAGUGCCUGGUAUGAACCAGAUCCAUGUUGUGAAGUUGUUUGGGGGGGGAGGGGGAUGUUUAAACAGUAGCACUUUAUGUCUGUGUAUUCUUGAGAAUGUAAGAGAUUUGGGGUUGUGGGAAACAAACAAAAUGUGUUUUUUAUAUGAGACAGUACAUCACAUUUGUAAAGUGGAGGCAUCCCAAGACUACGUAAUUAUAGCACUUUAUUUUUAGCUGCUCAACUGCCAAAACAGUGUUGUCAUUUUUAAAGGGCAGAUAGAAAGGAAGUGAAAUACUGUUUGACUAUUUUGGAAUAUGAAUGAUAAUAUAUUUUGCUGCAUAGUAUUGAUAAAUUAUGGCAUUUUGUAUACAA